AUGUGCACCAAAGAUCCCGUCCUGCCUGAAAAAGGCAAGCGAAACACCCUUGUUACAAGUGCUCUCCCUUAUGUCAACAACGUCCCUCAUCUUGGGAACAUUGUCGGCAGUGUUCUCAGCGCGGAUGUCUACGCACGCUUCAGCAGGCGCCGAGACCGACCGACCAUCUACAUUUGUGGCACUGACGAAUACGGCACUGCUACCGAAACCAAGGCCCUUGAAACCGGUAAAACCCCCAAGCAGCUUUGCGAUGAGUUCCACGCCAAGCACAAGGAGGUCUAUGACUGGUUUGAAAUCAGCUUCGACUAUUUUGGGCGCACCUCGACCGAGCAGCAGACCAGAGUUGUGCAGAAAAUCUUCCUGGAGUUAUGGGAAAACGGGCACAUGGAGGAACGCACUACAACACAGCCUUACUGCGAGGAGCACGGUGCUUUUCCAGCUGAUCGAUUCGUUGAAGGUAUCUGUCCCAAGUGCGGUUAUGAUGACGCCCGCGGCGACCAGUGUGACAAAUGCGGUGGACUCUUGGAUCCAUUCGAGUUGAUCAGUCCGCGUUGCAAGAUUGAUGGUGCCUCGCCUAUCCCUCGAGAGACGAAGCACAUGUUUUUAUGCCUCAAUAAACUUCAGCCUUCGGUCGAGGAAUGGUUCGAGAAGACCAAUAAAGAGCAGAAAUGGUCGGCCAACGCUGCAACUAUCACCAGGGCAUGGCUACAGCAAGGUCUGGAAGGCCGUAGCAUUACUCGUGACCUGAAGUGGGGGGUGCCAGUGCCUCUUCCCGGGUAUGAAAACAAGAUCUUUUACGUGUGGUUCGACGCUUGCAUUGGCUAUCCAUCUAUCACAGCUUGCUACACCGAUCAGUGGGAGCAGUGGUGGAAGAACCCCGAGGACGUGAGGCUAUACCAAUUCCUUGGGAAGGAUAACACACCCUUCCAUGCCUUGAUUUUCCCCUCUUCGCAGAUUGGCACCAAGGACAACUGGACCAUGGCCAGCCACAUAUCGGCUACAGAGUACCUCAACUACGAGAAUGGAAAGUUCACGAAGUCAAGAGGCAUUGGAGUUUUCGGUGACCAAGCAAAAGACGUAGGAGUCUCGUCUUCCGUUUGGAGAUACUUCCUCAUGAGCAAUCGCCCAGAGUCCAGCGAUACCCAGUUUGAGUGGAAUGCAUUUGCCCUUGCCAACAACAGCGAGCUCCUUGCCAAUUUAGGUAACUUCGUCAAUCGAGUCGUCAAGUUCGUCAACGCCAAAUGUGAGGGCACUAUCCCUCGUUUCUCUGCAUCCUACACCGACGAUAGUUUCGACUUUCCCGUUUGGAUUACCAGGAUCAACACUUUGUUACAGGAGUACGUCGACCUCCUAGAGAAUGUGCACCUCCGUGCUGGGGUCAAGAAGCUCAUGGAGAUCAGCGGCGAAGGUAACAAACUUCUCCAGUACCGUCUGGACAACACCCAGCUCACCGAGAAUCCCGAACCCUCCUCGCCGCUAUUGCUGCUCCUUACAUGCCCUCGACAUCUGAUUCCAUCUGUCAACAGCUUAAUAUCCACGCUUCCUUUCAUUCCUGACGUCUGGACUCCCGAUGGCCUGAAGAGCGGGCACAAAAUUGGGAAAGCAGCUUACUUGUUGUCUCCCAUCGAUAAAAAAUGGCUACAAAAGUGCAAGAUGAUGUUCGGAGGCUCCGCCGCAUCGCUCACCGCCGAAGCAGCAUCCAAUAGUAACGCCGAGGCCAAGCAUAGAAAAAGGGGCAACAAAGCAAGCAAGAAGACCUCCAAGAUCACCGAGAUGUAG